GGUGGUGUGCAGUAUAACGUGGUUCCAGAUUCAUUUACAGCAGGUUUCGAUAUCCGUGUGCCACCGACAGCGGAUCUGGUUGAGUUUGACAAGACUGUCAGCAGGUGGUGUACAGAGGCUGGAAGUGGGGUCACUUUCAGGUAUCUUCAUCACACAAUGGAUGAUAAAAUCACCAAACUUGACCAUAACAAUCCAUGGUGGGUGGCAUUUGAAGAUGCCUGCAAUAAAGC